UCCAGGCUCCCAAAUUCUCUAGGUGCACCUCUGGGCCCUCUGCUGGCAGUAGAGCAGUGUCUGUCUUUCGUGAGUUUCGGUUUUCGGUGCUCUGAUGUGCCUUUACUUUGAAAUGGUGCAAAGUUUUGCAAGCGAAGGGAGGCUCUCUCUCUCUCUCUCUCUCUCCAGCACUGAGGAAGUAGGGGAGGGCCUGGAAGAAGAGCAGCCGCCAGCUCGGACUGCCAAGGGGACAGGCAGGAGUUUCCCUUCCCCUGCUGAGCUGCCUCGAGGAGGCGUGAUCAAGGGCCUCGGAUUCAGGAUUUUUGUGAUCAAGGGGCCUCCUGGGAGCCCCACAUGAUGGUCAGAGACGUUUCCUACCAGCCUCUCCCGACCACUGAAAGCAUGGACUGUCUGGAGAAGAGAGGCAGAUGCAGGCUGGGCAAGCCAGUCAUCCAGUGUGCGGUGAUGGGGGUUGUUCUGGCCGUGCUAUGCCUCACUUUCUUGGGCUUCUACCUGCAUUGGAAACGGGGCGUCCAGUUGGGGGCAUGCCAGCUGCAGGCGCAGACGACGGCCCUGGAAGCCUCCUUCAGAAAGGACAGGGCAGAGUUGGAGGCAGCAGAGGCCCGGGCCAAGGAGGAGGGAGCCCGGCUGCGGGCUGAGCUGGGGGCCACCAACCGAAGCCUUGGCCAAGCCCAGCAGGGCUGGGAUACCUGCCGGAAGGAGCUGAACACCUUGCAAAAAAACAUCAAGUCCCAGAGGGAAGAAAGUGAUUCCGAGAACCGCAGACUCCGUGAAGAAAUCCAACACCUCCAGCAGAAAGUUUCCACCCAAUCACAGCAGUUGGAAGCUGCCCAGCAGAACGCUUACACCCAAUCGCAGCAGUUGGAAGCUGCCCAGCAGAGCGUUUACGCCAAAUCGCAGCAGUUGGAAGCUGUCCAGCGGAAGUUACAGCAGGAAUGGCAGCGAAACAGGGACCUGCGGGAGCAGCUAUAUAACGCACAAGCAAGGAGUGGGUCCAUAUUCCAUGAUCUGAGCCAAGCCCUUGUCCUACUGGUUCUGGCAGGGCUCCUCCUUCUCCGUCUUUGACUCCAUCACCACCUUGUGGCCAUCAAGGGAAAGGCCCCUCUCUAGCCUUUUUGAACACGGCAGGUAUCUAGUAACGAGCCAACCUUACGGGCUAGCUUGCUGCAGUAAUGUUUGUAUUUUCCUUAAAUAGUUUGCAUCCUGGUCUGUGACACGUGGACAGACUGCUGCAGUGCCUGACUUAUUUCCCAAGAGUUGCACCUGACGCGCUUUCUGUUUUUUUGUGGGAUCUUUUUUAAAGGCAACUGUCUUAUAGACAUUUUCAACAAAGGUAAAAUGAGCAGCUCAGUCUAGAAAGAUGUCCGUUUCUUGUGAAAGAUCCAGCACAACCGUAGGAAACAUUUCCAGGUGAAUUACUAUUUCAGGGUAUUUAUGUGCACAUAGGAACACAGGAAGCUGCCUCCUACUGAGUCAGACCCUUGGUCCAUCUAGCUCAGUACUGUCUACACAGACUGGCAGCGGCUUCUCCAAGGUUACGGGCAGGAGUCUCUCUCGGCCCGAUAUGAUGACAGAUAUCUUGGGAGAUGCCAGGGAAAGAACUUCUGCGUGCAAGCAGGUGGGGGCUCUACCCAGAGCAGCCCCAUGCCCUGAGGGGAAUAUCUGAUGGUGCUCACACAUGUCGUCUCCCAUUCAAAUGCAAGCCAGGGCAGACCCUGCUUAGCCAAGGGGGCAAUUCAUGCUUGCUACCACAAGACCAGCUCUCCUCCUUACACACAUACCUUUCACUACAUGCAUCUUUCCAAAAAGAGUUAUAGGCCAAGAGUGGCUUCUGAGAGAGUCUCGGCUUUCUGAGGGCCCUCACUGAUCUAUCCGAGACUGACAAGAGGAACAGAGCUUAUGUUUCUGACUGGUGGCCGGGAUGGGGUGGGUUAAUUCCGUCUUGCUCCCCUCCCUGCCUAAGGCCUCUCUCCAGAUGGAACUGACUCUCUGCCUUUGGGCAUCAAGGGCAAAGGAGCAAGAGGGUGGGGUGGGGAGAACCGUCCCUCGGCCACCAGGGUCUGGUGGGGGUGGGUGCCAAGACACCACCUUGCCCCCAGCCAGGGCACCCCCCUUGCCCCCUCCCACACUUAGCCGGCUAACGCAGUGCUCGCCAAUGGCUGAGUUGGGAUGGCGCAGGGUGGGGUGCCUACCCAGGCAGAAUUUGAACAAAACACUGAGUGGGAAGGACAGGAGAGGCUCUGGGCAGGCCCUUUCCUGAACAAUAGCCACUCUCCCCGCAUCCGGCAUCAAGGGGAGUGGCUAAUAGGCUUUUAAUUGCUACUGUUUUGAUUGUUCGUAAUGUUGUUUUAGAAUAUUGUGGGGGUUUUUUAAUUAAGUUGUUGUGUUUUAAAUUUCUUGUUUUUGUUUUUAAACUAAUGUUUUACUGUUGUUUUUAUCUUCUUGUAAACCGUCCAGAGACAUAAGUUUGGGGUGGUAUAAUAUAUGUUAAAUAAGUAAACUUUGCCUGAUAACUUGGCAAAGAGGCACCUUUGAACAUGGUGAUUCUUUUUAUUUAGCAGGGGGAGAGCAACUGGCCCUAUCCACCCCCAGCACAGCACCCCUCCAGUGACUGUUGCUGGUGUCUAUCUUAUGUUUCUUUUUAGACUGUGAGCCCUCUGGGGACAGGGAUCCAUCUUUAUUUAUUGAUUAUUUCUCUGUGUAAACCACCCUGAGCCAUUUUUGGGAGGCUGGUAUAGAAAUGGAAUAAAUAAUAAAUCCAUAAAUAAAAUAAUACCACGGAA